GUACAAUAUAUCAUAUUUUCAUUACACAUUGAAUCUGUAUCAACUAUUACAUGGUAUAUGUGUAGCCUUACUGCCGCGCAGUAAUAAGUGCUUCUUCCCUUCCUCAAGAAUCUAUUUUUACGGAAGCAACAGACUUCAAUUGGUUGAUUCCCGUGGCUUAUGUGUAUAUAUUGAUUGGAUGGUUGAUUGAGUUAUUUUUAUAUCCGCGAUUUUUCUACACAUCGGAUCGUUUAUUUUUUGAAGCCGUGUUUUUAUACUUGGUUAAUAGGCUAAGUAAAGCAUUCGGGCUAUUAUCAUAUACAACUGAACAAUGUAUCCUUUGGAAUCUAAUUCUGAGCAGCUACCUGCGGCAGGUCUUCCUGUAAAUCGUAUUCAUCGUGAGCAUCGCAUCUUACGUCCUACGGGCAUCAAGCCAAAGGAACAUAUCCUUCCUGGCUGGGAAUUUACGGAUGAUGCUUCUUCUAAUCGUACCGGUCGCAGGAUGUUUGGUAACGGGGCGUUUGCUUCCAGUGGGUUAUUGGAUGAUUCACAUGUAUCAGCUGGCAAUGGCGCUCAACUGCAUCCUCAUAGAAAGAAGCAGCCUGACAUUUCUGAAGAAAUGAGAACACGUCUUUUCGGGAUUCCCGGUCAGAACAUUUUCACUUACGAGCUUGAUAAGCCCAAGGCAUGUAUCCUUCCUCAGACUAACAUAGAUGUUGGCAUGGUUCCCAAGGAUGGUUCUGAAUUAGUUGGGAGUCCAAUUAGACGUACUAACCUGGCGUUGAAGAGUUCCUUAGAUGGUUCAUUAUUACCGAAGGAGGAAUGUAAUCGGCCAUCCAGUCGCCAGCUUUUUGUUGAGGCUAAAUACGAAUCGCAUAUAGAGCCGGGAUAUGUAACUCCUGAUGCACCCUUAAAGACUGUGCGUUUGUCUAAUAUGAAGCACAACACAAGCCUUGAGCCUGGUUUGCUCCCUUCUGUGAAAGCUCCUGUGAGUACCCGCCGCCAUUACAAUUUUAGUAAUGCACACUGCUACGAUUUCUUGUCUGGCGAGUAGUUGUUCUAUUACAAGGCUUCGUUUUCUAAAAUGUCCCAUAUGGGUUUGCAUUCUUCGCAACACCGUUUUUCUUGCUCGUUGAUGCGUGCUGGUACCUCGUAGUGUGUUUCUGAGGUGUUUACAUCAGCGUUAACCUAUGUGAA